UCUCUCUCAGCCUGUUCCCCAUGCUAUCUUCAUUUCCUGCUUAUAUGAGCACACUUAAAAAAGCUACACUACUGAUAGCUGACAGUGGGAGAGUGGACACAAGAGGUGAGGGAGGGCUGGGAUCUUUGUUGGGUGCAGGCAGAGGUCAGUUUUUAAAGGCCCUUCGACCUUCAGCUCCAGGGCCCUAGGUGGAGGUGUGAUCUGGUGCAGGAUGGCAGAGGGAGAUGUGGGCACCUGCCCCCAUGUGUUUGUGGUUGACGCUCACUCAAACUGUGUCUCAGUGUCCGGGAAGAAGAAACCGAUGUGGGCAACGGCAGGCCAACAGCUUCUCCUCCUGCUAGUGGGACUGACCAUGUUGGGACUUGUCGUGCAGGGUUUUUUCCUCUAUACGCUGUACAAAAAAACGGAGGACGGGACUCGCCCUUACUACCUGAAUCUGUCCAACCCUCAAACAUCUGGCCAGCAGGGUGGCACCAUGAUGGGUCAAAUGGGAUCUAAAGAGCUCCAUGAGCUUCACAUACAGCGACCUCACCUGGAGCAGGUUCAACAGAGGCCCUUUGCUCACCUGAUGGGCUCCAACACUCCUGCAGGGGAGAACGAUGUGGUGCAGUGGAUACAUGAAGGUGGUGACGCCAUCACCCACCAAAUGGGCUACGACAAAGGUCGACUGUUGGUGGAAAGGGAAGGUUACUACUACCUGUACUCCAAAGUGCAAUUGAAUGCUGUGUUGGAGUGUUCACUUAUCGUGCACAAGGUCGUAAAAGAAACCAGUGCCUACGGCCGACCAAUAGAACUGAUGAGAUCGAAGAGCUUUCGCUGCCGGACACCAAAACCUGUGAGUGGGAAGUCUUUGGAAAUGGAAGAUCUGUGGAACAGCUUCCUGGCUGGGAUCUUCCAUCUGCAGAGAGGAGAUCAAGUUUUUGUCACGUUGGAUAAUAUACAGAAGAUUCGUCCGGGACCUGCAGACAACUUCAUGGGGGCCUUCAUGAUACUUCCAUACGACCAUUAAAAUUACGUCUGUCAAUUUUCGUGACGAGAUUAUAUGUUUGAGUUCAUUUACACAGCAUGUUGUAUUAAAUGUCAUGCAUCCAAUAUAAACAAUAUGUAAAUAAUCUAAUAUACACUGUACCUGAUGAAUGUAUUUGAAUGAAAAAGCAACACACAGUUGUCAUAUCAUUAAAAGAGUAUCUGAUAUUCAGGUUAUAUUCUACUGGAUAGUAUGUUACAUAUUUUUCAUGUGAAUAAAUAACGGUUUCUUAUCAAACGUAAA